UUUUAUUCUCUAAUCAAACAUGAUCCAUAUUCUUAGAAAAACCUAAGGAAAAAAACAUUGCAUAAGAUCAUAUCCUUCACUUUCCCAACAGUAAUAUUCUUACUUUUGCGAUAUUAAUCAGACAGUUCUACUAUGCGCAAUUUCAUCCUAUAGACUCGUCAUUAACUGUUCCUCAUAGCAAUUUCAUCCUCGUAACGAUAUCGAUCCAGAUACGAGCAGGCAAUUGUUGUGCUCGUUAUUACUUAGCAGCCUAUUUAACAUUCGUGACGCGAUAAUGAUCCUUCAAAACUAUUCCGAAAGGAUGGCAAAGAAGUAGAGUGUUCAAGUUUAUCCACUGUUAAAGUUCUCGCGACUUUGAUCCGCGAUGUUCAAACCGAAAACUCUCAGGCAAACCAUAGUGCCGUCGUUAGUGAUAAAUUUUCUUUUUGGAAUGGGCAUCAGUGACGUUGUUAGCAAAAAACCAUCGAAACUGAUAGAGUACGCGUACACCCUGUGUGUUUUGAUACUGGUUAAUGUCGUUGGUAUAUUAAUGGUACCUUAUUUCAAUAAAUAUUAUAUAAUUAGCAUGCUCAGCUUAAGUCGAAUCGCGUUCAAAUUACUGAUUUAUGCGAAUCUUUGGACGUUAAGCACGUUGAUCGCCGCCAGCAGAUUAAAUGCGCAGAAAUUACGUACUUUGAUCGCACUUGUAGAAACGAACGAUCAAGCAAUGGAAAGAAUAGGAUUGCCACGAAUGUAUCGUACGCUGUUCAUGUAUCAGAUAAAGGAAUUCGUGGUUUACGGAUUUAUCACAGUCGUUUUCGUCGCAGUCACUUCCAAAUGGCAUUUUGCAACAUCCACGCCAACGAUGAUGAAACUGUGCCUUUCCUUGAUAGCCCACGUUCCAUUCGUAGUCAUCUACGUUUCCAGCGCUACCUUCGGCUUUUGGGUCACGUGCUUGAGGUUGAAGCUUCAACAACUGAAUCAAUUGCUUCAUAGUAUGUUGGCCACGAUGACACCGGAAUCGUCAUUGCAUAAAAGAUUACUACAGACGAAGAACGAUUUCGAGAACAAUAAAUUCUGGUCGUUUAGGAAUGAACAAGGGAGCCAUGGAAACACGAACAAGAUAAGAUCAAUAAAGCAAAUGCAUCUAAAGAUAAUCAAGAUCGUGAAAGUCGUGAAUGACGCGUUCGGCAUGCAGAUUCUGUUGCUGAUGAUCACAUCGGUUAUCUUCACCAUUACUUUCCUCUACAUAUUGUACAGAAUUAUAUGGCUGGAUCUGACCAUGGAUGAACUUAUAAAAGAACUGGUCUCCGUGAUUUGCUGGUUCCUAGUUUACGCGUCGCAAAUCUUGCAUGUGAAUUACGUUUGUGCUAAAACGAACUCAGAGGUAACAAUUAUGGGCGAUGUUAUUUGCGACCUGUACGAACCAUCCACCAGCAACGAAUUUCGAGCAGAGAUUCGAAAUUUCACCCUACAGCUGAUACAAAAUCCGGUGGUAUUCACGGCUCGUGGAUAUUUCAAUCUGGACCACACGUUUAUUCAAGCAGUCAUUGGAACGAUUACCACGUAUCUGAUAAUUAUGAUACAAGUGGGCGAUGUGACGAAGUCACGAACCGCGAAAACUCUGAACAAUGAAUCCGAUGAGAUUUUAUUCUAAGAAAUCUAUUUCGGUGGAAAUUGUACUCGACUUAAAGUUAAAUCCAAUUUCUCUCAGUUCUUUUAUUAAUAUCAUUUAAUAUCAAUUAAUAAAGUUACAAAUUGUUUUCUUCGAUUAUAAAUCGAAUUGUAAGUUGAAUUUUCCGGCAAAAAAUGAUAAAUUCGUCGAAAGCAGCAAAAUAGUAUCUUGAACUCAAAUUUCUUCGCCAAGUUACUCGGAUAUUCGCCCUGACAAUUUUCCGCCAAUUAGGACGUGGACAGGGAUGAUACCUCAAUUACACUACCCCCUGGUACGCCCUAUACGAUUCCAGAUGGAGGCGUUAGCCCGUGAAAUUUGGUAAUCUUGAAACUGGAUAGCUCGUAAUUCGGUGAAAAUAGCUACUUCUUCGAACAACCCCUAACCGAUUUUUACUUAGCGAAAAUAGCGAUUAAACAGUCUUGGAAAUCUGAAUUAAAUUACUCUUCGAAGAAUCUAAAAUGAAAUAUUCAGAGAUGAAACUAAAAUGUUCUUCUACUGACUUUCAAAUUUUCGAAACUCUGCGUGAUUUUAGUAAAAAAUGAAAGCUUCCAAAAUUGUAUUACCACGUAAUAUUUUCAAGUAAUUGGGUAGGAGGAAAAGAAAAGAAAUUUUCAUUAACCGUGGAGUCUAGUUUCGAUCACUUUCGACUCAAACAAACGUAUUUUUCGUCAAAAAAUAUCCGCAGUUUAAACACAAUUUCACGUUUCGAUUUUACGUUAAACAUCCUCCUAAAA